UUCAUAGUUUUUCGGUUUUUGUUUUGAUUUUGAUUUGUUGUGGGUUUCUGUUUUACUUCUAUUGUUUUGUGGGUUAUCUUCAUGAGUAUUGGGUUUGUAUGUUGUAGGCGCUGUCUUCGGUGGAUGGACGGUGAUGUGGGCGGUCGGCGGUCCGGGCUGCUCUUCAACAUGGUGGGCAACGUCCUUGGACUCCUGGCGUCCGGCGCGCGGUGGUACGAGCUGUCCCUCUAUGCCAUGGAUGUCGUCCUCGUCCUGGCGGGUGAUGUCGGCUGGUCCCUCUCGGCGUUCUGCGGGGUGCGGCGCGACUUCAAUCCUGACAUUCUCGGUGGGUUGGUUUUCUAUACAUGUGUUAUGUUCGCUUGUUUGUUUGACUUUGACGCUGAUUUUUCCCAUAUGCAUAUCUUCAGAUAUCCUAUCCAAUCGGUUAUUUGUUUCUAAAAUUGAUUUAUCCAGACACUCAGCUAAUUUUUUGAUGGUAUUAUCGGUAUCAUGGAAUGCUCUGUCCAUUCGCUGGCUCAACUUCUCCAAACCCUGUUCAUUUGUCUUCUUUGCUUCUUGAACUUCCUUCUUUAAUUCCUCCUUUGCUCGCUUACUGUCUUCUUUCAAAUCAUUUAUUGCUUCACUUGUUUUCUUUGAUGCUUCUUUUAUUUGUUUGUUGUCUUCCUUUGUUUGUUUAUUGUCUUCUUUCAAAUCAUUUAUUGCUUCACUUGUUUUCUUUGAUGCUUCUUUUAUUUGUUUGUUGUCUUCUUUUAAUUCUUCCUUUGUUUGUUUGUUGUCUUCUUUUAAGUUGUUUAUUGCUUCCAGGAUGGUGUUCCAAUCUAUUGUGGGAGCGGGUGUAUGGCGAACGGUUACCUUCUGGUUUUUUAUCCGAGCAACGGUACGAGAAAUAGGAGUUCCUGUCUCGGGGGCGUCGUCGUCCGUAUGCUCUCCCGAUGUUUCGUCCUCCGGCUCUUGGGCUGCCGACGGAUCUUCCACUAGGAUGCAGCUCUCCUCCACCUGUGUCGAAGAUAAAUCAUCCAGUACAUUGGGAUGGAAAUCGGCGGAUGCGGUGGCAGAUGCGGAUGGCGGCGAACAGUCGGGUGAGAUGUCCUCGGUGUCCGACAGACUUGGAUUGACCUGGUCGUUUCCUGCCAUGGUUUGUGGAAAAAUAGCGCAACGAAAGUGUGCAGUGAACAAAAAACGUGAAAGUGUUGUGAUAUACAAAAUAAUUGGUAAGGAAUCCAAUAGGAAUUGUUAUAGCUUCGUAGUGAGUGAAAUACAGAAAAAGUGGUUUAGCAAUGUGUUCAGUGAUAAAAUGAGUCAAGUUAGCAAUAUCGUUAACAUAAAAAUGACACGAACAUACAGGAUACA